AUUAGUUUCUUUUCUUCUUCUUAUUCUUCCUUCGUUUACUAAUCAGCAUGUUCCAUUUAAUUUCUUCAUUCUUGAUGAACAUAUAUAGUACUACUUCUCGUCUCUUUAUGUGCAACAAGAAUUCAUUCAAGUCUCUUUUUUGUUGAUUUCAUUUAAUGGGUUCAAGGAAGAAAUUGGUUUCCCUCUUGGAUUCAUUUGCAAAUUUUUUGAGAGAACCAUUUCAAUUUUUUACAACUAUUCUCCUUAGCCUUCUUUUUCCUCUUUCAUUUCUCAUACUUUCUAGGCUCUCAAUUGCUCAUUAUCUCAUUGAUCUUUUAGGCUAUUCAACAGAAGCAGAUAAUUCUGAUCUUCUAAUCAAAUUCUUCCUUCAAGUCAACCCCAUUUUUCUCCAUGUACUUGUUUCUCUUAUCAGCGUUGCUUCACUGUCCCAUGGCUUAACGGGUGGUACUUCGUGCUUUAUAAAACGUACCCCAGAGCCAGUUUCAAGACCACGACUUUACACGGCGUGGAUUUUCCUUUGCAUAUUGCAAAUUUGCGUUGGCCUAGGAAUUGAAGGUAGCAUAGCUGCUGGAAUAGAUGCCCAUGAUUUGGGCCAUGCAAGGGGAUUCUUGACAAGAGCUAUAUUCUUCUUGGGCCUACAUGAAACAAUGUUCUUUUGGUCCAAAACAAUUGUGAAGCCAGUGGUGGAUGACACAGUUUUUGGCAUUGUUAGGGAAAAUAGGUGGGCUGAAAAGGCAGCAUUGGCAAUGAGUUUUGGGGGGCUUUGGUGGUGGAGAUUGAGAGAUGAAGUUGAGUCCUUAGUGGUUGUGGUGGAGAAAAAAAGAGACUUAUUAAUUAGUAUUGGAUUAGCUGAUUUUGUUGGUUGGUGGUUGUAUUAUUUAACUGUUACAAUUGGUAUGAUCAAAAUUGUGAAAGGUCUCAUUUGGAUAGUUUACGUAAUGUUUGGUAGAAGAGUUGUUGUUGAUACUGACAAUAAUGCCGGCGAUUCUGGGAGAAAUGAUGAGAAGGUCUGAAUUUGGACAUUUUUUUUUUUUUUCUCUUGUAUAAUCUUUGUUAAAAAGAAAAUUGAUUAUUUUGUUAAUGAAUCCUCCAGUUGGUCAACGACUUUCAAUUGUGAAUGUCGAUUGAGAGGGAAA